AGGGCAAGAAGAGGGAUUAUGACAGUAAUAUGGUUGGUCCACCGACUCAACCUUUGAAACACCCUCGAAGGCCAGAUAAGCUUCCAAUAGCUCGUUAUACUCCGCCAGAGAAAAGUGUCACAUUGAGUUUGCUAGAGAUGAUGGUCGAGCAGUGGCCAAAGGAAAAGAAUGUCCUUGAAGUUGACAUUGGUGAGGAUGUGUUCGGGGUAGAGCACAAAACAUACUUAUCAAAAAACGACAUACUUGACAUUUGCAAUCUCAAAUGGAUCGGAUCUGUUCCAAUGUCUGUGUGGUGCAGUAUAAUGCAGCGUGAACUAAACAAAAAUGAGUUGAACGGUGUAUAUGCAUUUAUGAAUCCUGCAUCUGUGGCAUCUACUGAUGGCUUAGGGUACAACGAGCGUGUAGCUUUGCUUUUUCAGCGAUUGAGCAACAUACAACCAGAUCGAUUCCUUGUUUGCCCUUGGUACCAUGACGAACACUGGAUGGUUAUCUUAAUCCAAACGGGAUCGCAGAGUGUAGCAUUUUUGGAUUCCAGAAACAAAACCAUUCGUCAAGAUAUUAAAAGAUGUGUUCAAACUGCUCUUGAGAGGUACUACCUUGAGAAAAGAAACCGACGGUCAGUAGCAAUAAGUUUCACUGAGUACAGAUGUCCAGAGCAACCACAUGGCGACCAGUGUGGGUAUUAUAGCAUGAGAUUUAUUAAAUCAUUCAUGACUGAAAAUAAUCCUACACGAAAAUUAGAAACAGAGUUUAAAAGGAACAUAUCAUCCUCUUACACUAACAAAGAAAUCAAUGAAAUACGUGACGAAUGGGCAAAGUAUGUCAUGCAGAUGAUAGCAGCAGGCAAAUGACUAAUAACAUAGAGUAUGAUGACCAAUGAUCGCUCAUGGACGAUCCCCACGUGAUCUAAGAAAAUGAUUGAUAGGUUUGACAUCGAUCUUAGUUACUAUUGUCCUGCUUUUUUAGUUUUUAAGAAGUGAUUUCCAGCUAUAUGAUUAAAGUCCCAAGUGACUACUUGGAGACUUAUUUUGUUCUUAGUAUACAUAUUUUUAAAUGUUCAGAAGAUAUUCUACAAAAGAUUGCAAAAUGUAAAAACUUAAUUGGAUUUCCUUCUUUUGUAUUGCAUUACUAAACUUUGAUGGCAUAUUAUGGUUUUUAUGAA